GGAGGCGUGAAAAACAUAUCUCCAUACACACUAACUCUUUAGUCUCUUUGAGAUCAUAAAUUUGGAUUUAAACAACUCUAUAGCCUUCACUUUGGUCCUUAAGUUCCAGUUUUUACGGGACAAUUUGGCCUCAAACUAUGUUACUACGCUUUAAGUUGCUAUCCCAAUCAAAACUUUGCCCUGUUUACUAGAGAAUUAUAUUCUUGAUUUGCAGUGACACUUUUACUAGAGAAACUAUGGAUAACAAAAGUGAUGUGGAAAAGCUUGAUGAAGUGAUGCUACCUGGUUUUCGAUUUCAUCCGACAGAUGAAGAGUUAGUUGGAUUCUAUCUUAAGAGAAAGAUUCAGCAGAGAUCACUUCCUAUUGAGCUCAUCAAACAAGUGGAUAUAUAUAAAUUUGAUCCAUGGGAUCUUCCAAAGCUAGCAUCUACAGGGGAAAAAGAGUGGUAUUUUUACUGUCCAAGGGACCGUAAGUACAGAAACAGCGCCCGUCCAAACCGAGUUACAGGAGCUGGUUUUUGGAAGGCCACUGGAACUGAUAGACCAAUAUAUUCCUCUGAUAGCACCAAAUGCAUUGGUUUGAAGAAGUCCUUAGUCUUCUACAGAGGUAGAGCCGCUAGAGGCAUAAAAACUGACUGGAUGAUGCACGAGUUUCGCCUUCCUACAAGUAAUAUUGAGUCAGCACAACCCAAGAAAUUCUUGGAUAGAAAUUUUCCACCAAAUGAUUCGUGGGCUAUCUGCAGAAUAUUCAAGAAAACCAACUCAAUGGCAAAUAGAGCUCUUUCUUACUCUUGGGUAAAUCCAUUAUCUGAAGUAGCAUCUCCAGAGGUGUUCAAUCAAAGUACAACUGUUCAUUUCAGCCCGGAGAAUCUCUCUUCUUUAACUGAAACUGGAUCACUUCUCCACUUAUCCAGUACUAAUGACUUAGCCUCAAAUGUUCCUUCAUAUAAGACCCUUAAUACUAUGGUUUCAAGACCAUCUUUUCUUUCAAGUCCUAGUACUGAAGUUCCUUGUAACUUCAUGUUUUCGUCCCCUGAGGUUUCCAUGUUUUUCAACACACACCCCUCCUUAAUCACUGAUGACAUAAAGACCUCUGAGACUAUUGAUUUUGAAGGUUCAAAUCAACAGAUGAAUAGCUUCUCAAUUAGUUCACCACAAGAGAUCCAAAGAAGUAUAGGAAUAGAAGAUGAUGAGACAGGGUUAAGGAGUAAUCAAGAUUCAACAAAUGAUAAUACUACACAAUGGGAAAACAUCAGAUCAAUUGGAUUUCCUUUCAGUUUGACAACUAGUUUGGCUGAUGAAUGGAAGCCUAGUUUGAGUUGGGAUUCUCCUUCAUGUCCUAGUGAGAUAUCCACCACUUACGACUCAACAAACAAAUGCUACUCCUAGUUCUACACCCAAACAGAGAACCUCCUGGCUUUAUGUACAGCUAGUUCUUCUUUAUUUUCUCUUUCGGCAUCCAGUAUCCGAAUUAGUCUGUUUCAGUUACAGGAUGCCAAAAGAAAAAAAUGGAAGAAGAAAACCUAGUCAUAGCACUCAAAAAACAGUGAUAUCCUGUUAAAAGUUAUUGUACAGCUUUAUGUUGUAUUUUCACUCUUUUGGCUUUCUUCGAAUUUAAACAUAAUAUGUUUGGAUAUUUUUUCCUGUUUCCUCAGUCUUUAUUAGGUCCUGAGAGUAUGUUUUGUUGCAUGUUUUUCCUUUCUCAAGUUGGAUUUUUCUCUUUCAUUUUUUUUUUCCCUCAAAAUUUUAUCAGAUUAGACGCUGUUUGAGACCUAACAGGCCAACACUACUUUGGCAUACAUACACCAUGUACUACUUGUUGACAUAAUGAUGGUUUGGGAACUCUCUAAAACUUGAAUUCUACAUUGAUUUUUAAGAUCUGUUCUAGUUUGUUCUCAAGGAAAAAGAAGUUUUCUUUUACUAAUUUGAGAAGCUGUUACCUAAGAA